AGAAGGCUUGUCUCAGGUUUGAAGGGCGUGAUAUAAUUGUUAUACAAUACAAUUAAGACUAAUUCAACUCAUGUCUGUCUGGGUGACUACAUUUAGAUUGUGAUGUUUAUGGAUUUCACUAAUACUUAAAAUCCGAAAAACUCUUUCAUCCAUUAGAAAAAAAUAUAGACGAUGAACGGUCUGCUUUUGGUCCCAGCUUGGCUUCAACGCUUAGAGGCAGUGAGAUAGUAGAGAAAGUAGAGCUUUUCCUCACCUCAAACUUUUAAUUCCGAAUCGUCACGAUCGCGCAUAUUGUACGACGUCGGGUCCCGACAAGUAAGGCUCUACACUAGCGAUUAGAAUACGGCACAGGCCUGCCUAUGCUAAAUAGUAUGCGCUCCCAGAUUUUGUGCAGAGGUACCAAUAUGGAUGCUCUAGAGCCCGGUAAGCACUUGCGUCAACCGGAUGGAGAGGCAUCCUCCAUCAUUGCACUAUCCUACUGUCAAGAACGCUUUUUUAAUUUUUUUUUAUUGACAUAAGUUCGUCUUUUUUUAUUGAUCUUUCUGACUUUUGUCUUAAUAAUCAUGUAAGUAUUACUCAGGUAGUUUAGUUUUUUGUUGUUUAGAUCUGCAAAAUAAAUCAUAAAUGUUCAUAUUUCUUUCACAUAUAAAAACUAUUGUGUCAAAAGCUCGAUUCCAUAAACUAGAACCUUGAAAACAACAAGACGAAUUUUCGUUCCAUGUUAAAACGGCACACGGCACGUAAAAAACUCCACGCAAUGCCAUUGUAAUGAAACAUUUUUAAAAACAGUGUGGUGUGUCGCGUUCUUUUAAAUUAUAUCUAUUUUUAAACCUGUGACCUAGAAGGGGUGGUCUGUAACCAGAAAGUAGGUGGGUAAGAACAACGGCGCGCUGACUACCUUGUCCCCGCGCCUCCUCAAGCUUCAAGCUGGGGACGGAUGGAAUAAUUUAUAGCACCUUAGUCCGGUCUGUUGCGUGAAUUGUUUGAACAAAGGGUUACUUUUACAUUGAAAAUCGGUGUAAACGGCCUACAAAUUACUGUAACUACUUACGAUUUUAUAUUAUCAAGAUUAUUAUUUUUGUGAUUGUAUUGCUUACAAAAUAAAAAUAGAUGAUUGAUAUAAAAAUAUGCCAUUUUUUUUUUAAAGUUCGGACGUUUUUCGUUUCGUGCGGCAAAGGAUUAGUGGCACGCUUCGAACAGGAGGUAGCGCAAGGUGAAAUGUUGACUAAUUAAUAUUUAGCUGUAUAUACAUAUUUAGGUUUUAAUAUUGUAGGUAUUUAUUUCCCUUUAAAAAAAACAAAAAACAAAAUAAUCAUAUGCAUAAUUAAAGAUAUUUUUAUGGCUUAAUCUCGCGCUUGUUAUAUCUGACGUUUCAAAUAUUCGAUAAAGCGGUCGUAAAAUGAAAAUAAUAAGCCCGAAGUUAAACCGUACAAGCUGUUCAAUUAUGUCGUGAAAAACAAAAUACGUACUGAUUAUAGGUAUCUUGUACACUUGACAUUAGAAGUUUUUAAAACAUCAAAAGCUGAAACAGCUACUGCUAAUUCAUUUAAUGUAUUUCAAAAUAAUUCCCUUGAGAACCCAUGUAUCUAUCAAUGCAUACCAUCAAACUAUUGAGAAAAACAGUGACCUCACUAUUAUUAUAGCACUGUAACCGCUGCUUCAGCGUCCUAAAAUAACGUUCGUCUAAGCUCUCCCUUGUUUUCCGUCGAGUCUUAACAUUUUGUGACAUCAAUCUACGCGACGACAUUUUUAAGCAUCGGUUAAAUCUAUCUAGUACAAAGCAUUCUAAUGUCCAAAUAAAGAGGACAGAUACUCUCGAAAUGUGGUGCUCGAGAAGAAUGCUGCAAAUAUCGUGGACGGAAUUCAGAACGAAACAGUCAAUUCUACAGGAACUUGGCAUCAAGCAGCGACUGUCCUGCAUCGUUCAGGGUCGCAUUCUCACUUUCUUCGGGCAUGUGUCGCGUCGGGGUGACGACUCUGUUGAGCGCCGUGUGGUGCAUGAGAGAGGGCACAAGACCGCGCGGCAGAUUACCGUAACGAUUGAUCGACCAAAUAAAGGCUCUAAGCGGUUGGACGGCGGGAUGGAUGUAAUAUGCUCUGCGUAAACUUAGCCCGCCCGCCCGCCGUCUCAUUAACUCGGACUGGGCACCGGCCCGGUCCGGGGUAGGGCGCCGGCUGUGAGCGGCAGGAAUUUUUAGUGAGAUUCAACUCCCACAUACCCCACCCACUGCGCGUUAGGGGAUCCGGCGAUUUUCUCUAGUGGAAAAAUAAAUAGCUCUAAGGGGUCCCGUUAACGAGUGCACAAGAAGGGCCGCGGUACGCGAGGAUUGGCGACAUUAGGUGAAGCGCACCACUACCUGAAGUGAUGAUCACGACCACUCUGCCAAGAGUGCAUACGACUGAGAAGAAAGAAUCUUAGACUUGACCGAAUCUACGGAUAGGUGACUCUUUUGUUAGGCUCUGUCAUAACCCUCACGCGGAUAAAGAGACUGGUAGGACCACGCUUUAAUUUUUUUAAGCCGGUUACAUACAGUUACACUAGGGCCUUUAUCUAUAAAAAGCCAACUGAAGUCGAUUCUAUCAUUGAUGCUAAUCCAUAAAAAAAUAUUUCAGCGACAAUUUUCACGCGUAAGUUUACUUUUUAUAAUUAGCGCCAGACUAAAAAAUGUAUUACAUUGCAUAGACGGAAUAUGUUUCUUAAUUAUAAGAAUUGUUUUUCAGAUGUAGCAUGUUAUUUUUGCAUUUAUUCAAUGAUUUUUUUCAAUUUUUUUAAAUGUCAUUAUACUACGCAAGAUAAUUGACAGAUGCCUGAAUCUCGCUUACGACAUUUUCAAGAUAAAGCCUAUAUAUACAAGUUCCGAAUAACAACAUUCGGAGCGUCGGUCUACCGAGCAAAUAUCACCCGCUCGGUGGAAGAUCUUCCCUUUAUCGUAUAUCUCUCCAAAUACCUACAUAAUUCAAAAUUGUAAUGUAGUUGGUUGGUUUCAAUUUCUUAUAUUUUGGUUUGUGAUUGAUUUUUACAUCCUUAAUUGUCAGACCAUGAUCUCAACAAAAAUCUAGAAAGCUUACCUAGGGAAAGACACUAAUCAUUUGAGAAAUGUGAGUGGCUAGGUUUUAAAAUCCUAUAGCCGAUUAUUUAUUGAUUCAGUAUAGAUAUUGUCAAGUAGUCACAGACUUUUCUGUGGUACUUGUGAACUCGUAACUUUGUGCACUAAUAAGCCUUUCUGUGUUUACAGUAUAAACGUAAAAGCCAUUUAAUUUCACAAGGCAAAAUGCUAUUAAUGCUAUUAAACGAGCGUCCACACAUCAAAGUGAAAGAAUGUACUACAUACUAAGUUUAUUUAAUUAUAAAAACGCGAUGGGGUUGCGAGGUCGCUGUAGUGGGUUGCCUCCUACCACAAUAGGUGGUUUACGAUAAAAUCUGAGGCAACGGGCAGUCGAGCACGGCAUAUGCGGCGGAGUGGCGGUCGUCGCGGCCAUCGCGGCGGUUCCCGCACAUCAACAAGAGCCACGCGCCACUCCUAAUGGGAAUUGCGUGAGGUACACGACAAUGGGUUGCACCAGCAGCGCACCAGCUGUCGUUACACCUGAUGCUAGUGCCACAGAAAGGCAGAAAAGCAUUCAAUUCGCUGAUAGCUGUGAUCAAACAAUAAAUAGUAAUGAAGAAAUCGAAAACAGUGAAAGACACGAUACAAAUAAUGUGCUUCCUCAAUGUGAUACUUUAGAACAAACUAUACGUUUAGUUAAAAGUGAUAUUUCUCUGAUGGAGACAUUUCCUUUAAAGGAAGAUAAAAAUUGUCAGGAUGUUGCAGAAAUGAAUUCGAAUAGUGAAAAAGAAUUAGGAGCCAUUGUUAUUGCUAACGAAGAGGAUAAAAUCUCUACUUUAGAGGAAGUUAUUGAAAAGGUAAUGGAAUUGAAUCAUUCAGAUGAAAUGCAAAGUUCACAAAAUGAAGAAACCUCGCCAAUUAAUAAUUCAGAGGACCAAAACCAUACGACACAGGUGGAAGAUACUAAUGUAUCACAAAGUAUUGGACAUAUUGAACCAAUUAACGAACAAGAUGAGCACGGGGAAGAAGCAAUUAGCCCCAGUCUAUCAGAGAGCAGUCGUGCUACGAGAUGGGAAGCUUUAGCUGAUAUUGCAGCGGAACUACCGGCAUCACUCACCAUUGAUCCUUUAACGGGUCAAAUUUAUUCACUCGCAAAAUAAAAACAAAAAUUAACGAACACACUGCAUUUUGUAUAAUUACUACUUUAAUCAACAGUAAUAAAAAUAUAUUUUAUAUUA